UCGCACCAUGGCCUGGGCUCCUCUGCUCUUCGCGGUGCUCGUCCACGCCUCAGGUUCCCUGGUCCAGGCAGCUCUGACUCAGCCACCCUCGGUGUCAGCGAAGCCAGGACAAACCAUCCAGAUCUCCUGCUCGGGGAGCAGCGAUGGCUACUAUGGCUGGUUCCAGCAGAAGGUGCCUGGCACUGCCCCUCUCACUGUGAUCUAUGCUAAUGACAAGAGACCCUCAGGCAUCCCUUCACGAUUCUCUGGCUCCAAGUCUGGCUCCACAGCCACCUUAACCAUCACUGGGGUGCAGGCUGAGGACGAGGCUGUCUAUUACUGUGGUGGCUGGGACAGCAGCAGUGAUGCUGCACGCAGUUGUUCUAUCACCUAAAGACCUCUCUCCAGCAGAAGAGGAGAACUGGAAGUUCCAGGUUCCCUGGUGCAGGCAGCUCUGACUCAGCCACCCUCGGUGUCAGCGAAGCCAGGACAAACCGUCCAGAUCUCCUGCUCCGGUACCAGCAGCUAUGCUGUUGGCUGGUACCAGCAGAAGGUGCCUGGCACUGCCCCUCUCACUGUGAUCUACUGGGAUGACAGGAGACCCUCAGGCAUCCCUUCACGAUUCUCUGGAUCUGCAUCUGGCUCCACAGGCACCUUAACCAUCGCUGGGGUGCAGGCUGAGGACGAGGCUGUCUAUUACUGUGGUGGCUACGAUGGCAGCAAUGGUAGUGGUGUAUUCGGGGCCGGGACCCUGCUGAGCGUCACAGGUCAGCCCCCGGCUUCCCCCAAGGUCAACCUCUUCCCGCCGUCCGCCGAGGAGCUCUCGAAGAAGGACAAAGCCACCCUGGUGUGCCUGAUAGGAGACUUCUACCCCGGCUCGGUGCAGGUGACCUGGCUGGCUGAUGGCCAACCGAUCACCAGCGGUGUGGAGACCAGCCCGGCGCAGCGGCAGAGCAACAGCCAGUACAUGGCCAGCAGCUACCUGUCGCUGAGCUACUCGGAGUGGAACCGCCACGAGAGCUACAGCUGCAAGGUCACACACGAGGCUGGCAACGUGGAGAAGAGUGUGAGCAGAUCCCAGUGCUCCUAACCCCGCGGGGAUCUCUCUUGCCCGGCAGCCCCCCGCCGGACCCCUCCCUCUUCCCUGAUGCUGGGAGCAGCAUCUCCCCACCACCACCGAUGCUCCUUCCCUCAUCCCUCUGUUCCCUUCUCCUGCCUCCCCACCCAGAGUGUCGCACAAAUAAACACUGACACUGAACCAG